UUGUACUCAGAUAAAAGAUGAGUGGUUUGCAGGUCCUUGCCCUCAGGCAGCUUGUGACUUCCUAGGAAGCCUUUCUUCCUGUUUCUCUUCAGCAAGGGUUUGAGGUUAUAAUGACCUUACCGGCCUGGAGUGUGGGCUUGUGGGCGCUGGAAGACACAGUGAUGAAUAGGAUGUGUCCCAGUCCCCACAGAAUCCGAAACACAGAAACGGAUUUGAACGAAGAUAACAUGAACCCGCAACUAGCCAGGCUCAGUUCCCAACUGGAACGCGGGGUGACUGGUUUCCACCUUCUUGUUGGGGCCUCCGGGUUGAUAGGGCCGGAUACCGAAAUAGGACUGCUAGUCCCGCCUGGCUGUGAACAGGAGUGAGAUACGCUUAGCUACAUUCAUAAACAGCUGGAAUUCAAAGCCUCAGGUCCCGAAGGGAGGGCCUUUCUCAUUUAGGAGGGACCCAGAAAACCUUGGUUUCUGUUCCACUGUUGCCAUCCCCAAAUUUGAAUUCAUCUGCCAGCUUGUAUGAGAAAAAUAAAUACUGAGGUUCGAGUAGGCGCAGAGCUGGCUAGAGCUUUCGAAUUUCCCUUUUCCUGAUGUCCAGUCUUUCAGGGGUAGGGGGAUGAACCACAACUCCCCCCCCCCCCCAAUCCAGGGCUGCCCCAGUGAGAACCAGAAAGGCGCGCCUCUCCUCAAACCCGGGGCAUUAGCUGAGUCUCACCAGGCAGUGAGGUGGAGGAAGGAGGAGGGAAACGCUCUCGCUGCUGACCUUCAAAGGAUGUAGACCGGAGGAGAUCUGGUUACAUGCCCUUGAACUCCUGCCCCUCCCCCUUCAGCUUCCUCUCAAUGGAGUCAGGAAUUCCAUUCACAAAAUGGAGGCAUGAAUGAGCCCACCCUCCCGCCUCCUCCCGGAGGUGUCGGGUUUCACCAUCUCAUUCAUAGGUGGGAGUGGAGGGGGUAGGGCGGGAAGGGGCUGGGACUUGAACGGGUGGCUUCACACAGCCGCCUCCUCCAGGUGGAGUAGGGAUAUUUCCAUCCUAGGGAGUAGAAUGAAAAGGGAGUGAAUAUGCUCUGCUGUCAGAAAUGAAAAAAAACACGGCCCAGUGCCCACUGCCUUGUCCCCAGAUACAGACACAUUCUGGCUUCUGGCGUGCUCUCGCUCUCCCCACUUCCUCCCUCUCCCCCUCUCCCUCUCUCUCCCUCUCCCCCUCUCCUUCCCUACCUACCUGCUGGUCUUCCCCCAGCCCCAGACCUCCGUUUCUUUCCUCCCUCCCUAAACACAUGCUCAGUGCUCUCUCUCUCUCUCUCACACACACACACACACACACACACACACACAGCUAGGAACCCAACCUGCUGACCGGAGGUUAGCCCAUUCCAAGGGAGUCUUAGGCAUGGACACUGAACCCUUUCCCCGGAGGUUCAUCCCUCCCCUUCCUCCUCCCCCUAAACUCACAGGAAACAGCUGUUCCCUGGAAUCUUGGGCCUUGUGCAACAGUUUGCCAGGCCCAGCUGCUGCCGGCCAUGCCCUCUGGCCCAAACUUCAAGCUGAGAGAUGUCCCUGGGUGUGCAUCAAUGUAUCUUCACACGGAGGGUUUCUCCGGACACUCUCCAGGCGACGGGGCCAUGGGUUAUGGCUAUGAGAAACCUCUUCGACCAUUCCCAGAUGAUGUCUGUGUUGUCCCUGAGAAAUUUGAAGGAGACAUCAAGCAGGAAGGGGUCGGAGCGUUCCGAGAGGGACCGCCCUACCAGCGCAGGGGCGCCUUGCAACUGUGGCAAUUUCUGGUGGCCCUGCUGGAUGACCCAACGAAUGCCCACUUCAUCGCCUGGACUGGCCGGGGGAUGGAGUUCAAACUAAUAGAGCCUGAGGAGGUUGCCAGGCUCUGGGGCAUCCAGAAGAACCGGCCGGCCAUGAAUUACGACAAACUGAGCCGCUCGCUCCGAUACUACUAUGAAAAAGGCAUCAUGCAGAAGGUGGCUGGUGAGCGCUACGUGUACAAGUUUGUGUGUGAGCCUGAGGCCCUCUUCUCCCUGGCCUUCCCGGACAAUCAGCGUCCAGCCCUCAAGGCCGAGUUUGACCGGCCAGUCAGUGAGGAGGACACAGUCCCUUUGUCCCACUUGGACGAGAGCCCUGCCUACCUCCCAGAGCUGGCUGGCCCUGCCCAGCCCUUUGGCCCCAAGGGUGGCUACUCUUACUAGCCCUGGCCGCUGCUCCCCUACUGCCGGUGGGUGCUGCCCUGUGUACAUAUAGAUGAAUUUGGUGUUGGGGAAACCCUCACUCUGAAGCCCGCAGAUGUCUUUGGAGCCGAUCCCCGCUGGCCCACCAGUUGCCCCUGCCCAGACUCUGAACCGCUCACCAGAGUUGAUGGGAAGGAAAAGCCGAGACCCUGCAAGUGCAAAGGUGGGGUCUAGAAGCUCCUCUGGGGAUGUCACCUCCAGCCUCUUCCCAGGUUCUACGUCGAGGCCCAAGCUUCACUCCUCUCCCCCAUCACAGAGAAAGAGUCUGCUCUGUUCUGGGGGACAGAAGGCGCGUUCCCACUUUAUCCUGGUGGAGAAGGGUGCAUUGAGCUCCCCAGAUCUCCCACUGUGGGCAGACAGAAGUCUGGAUCCUGCACUCCGCUCCAAGCGGUGGCCCUGGAGGGUCCUGCUUGUCCAUUCUUGGUGCUGUGUUCCCAGAAGCAGGGGGAGGCUGGAGUAAGGAACCUGGGGUGGGGGAGGGGCUGCAGGGUGGAGACAGGGAGGGCUGGGCUCCUGCUCCUAGGGCCCUUUGCCUCUUCUCUGCCUUUUCCUAGGCCCGGGCCUGGGAUUCCACCCCCACCUCCACCACAUCUGCCAGACCCCAAUAAAGGCCCCUGCUUCUCCUUA